AUGGAAACCCUCGCGGCAUUGGGCAUUGCUUGCAAUCUGAUGCAAGUCAUCAGCUUCACUGGAGAAACCAUUACCCUCUGCAAGCACAUCUACAAGCGCGGAUCAGCAAACCCUAGCCUCGAAACCAACGCAAAGACUUUGCAGGUUCUCAUACAGUCCCUCGACAAAUCGCUGCAAGCUUCGACAUCUCAACUCCCUUCGGACAAGGCGACGCAAGAACUUGGAGAGCUGGCAAAGAAAUGUCUUGUCGCAGUGACCACACUGUCAACUGAAUUGGCCAAGAUUGCUACCGCGGCUAGCAAGGGCAGCAUUGGCAAGACCAUAAUUGCCAUCUCAAGGCAUUUGUGCAAAUACGGAGAUCUGCGCCGCUUGCAAGAUGAGAUUCAAGGGUACCAAAGUACAUUAGAGUCUGGUCUCUUGGUCAGAAUAUGUUCGACGAAUGAGGCGGCAGUAAUUCAAAGCCGUGAAGAGUUCAAAAGCCUCAAUACCACACUUCAGCAUUUCAUCAAUGCACUUGCCAAGAACCACGUGCACGUUUCUCAGUUGAUACAAAGCGUCGAGAACCGAGUCGAAAAUGGUUUUCUUGCAAUCCGAGACGAAGCAACACAGAGGCGGGUCCUAGGGAGCCUAAAGUAUGAUGGAAUGAAUGACCGACGAAAUACGGUUAAACCGCAUCAUCGAAGGACAUUUGAGUGGAUAUUCCGCGACCGAGCAGCUGAGCAUGAUUCUGAGGACGACGACUUCUCGGAUUUGGAGUCCGACUGCGCCUCGGAUCAUUCUGUUGCCUACUCUAAUACUUCUGAGCCCGAGUCAGUCAGCCACAAUGGAAAUGGUGAUACAUUCAAUGAUGGCAUACUAUCGGAUACUUCACAAGAUGAUACGUCACUCCCAUGGAACAGUUUCGUCUCCUGGCUCCAAUCUGACGACAGUGUCUACUGGGUCUCGGGCAAGCCUGGCUCAGGAAAGAGUACCCUCAUGCUCUUUCUUCUCAGGGAUUCUCGCACGCAGGCUCUUCUAGAAAAGUGGCGACCCGGCACGCGCAUAAUUAGCCACUUCUUACUGAGCUCCGGGUACCCCUUGCAACGAAAUACCAAGGGAAUCUACUGUUCACUCCUCCAUCAGAUACUUGAAGAAGAUCUCAAAGACAAAGGGGUUCUCUUGUCGUUCCUGGCCCAAAGGCUCCCACUGGUCCUAUCAAAGGACAAUCCCGGCGAUUGGGCAGACUCGGAGCUGAGAAAGGCGAUCAAAGUAGUUCUCAAGAGUUCGAAAAGGCCAACAUGCAUCUUCAUCGACGGACUGGACGAGCUUAUUCCAAGUGAAAUUCACGAGGAUCUUUGGUCCUUCAUAUUGGGUUUGCAAUCAAUCCCACAGCUGAAGAUGUGUCUCUCAAGCCGCCCGGAACCAAUAUUUCAACUGCGGCUUGAGAAGGUGCACAAACUGCGAAUCCAUACCUUGACGGAGAGUGAUAUCCGCACCUACACUAUGGAUUUCUUCAAGUCUAAGAUAUUACCUGGCCGAGAGAACAUGAACAAUUGGGAGCACAGACAAUUUGUUCAAAUCAUCUGCGAAAGGUCCAAUGGUGUUUUUCUAUGGGUUUGCCUGGUUCUCAGAAGACUGCAGAGAGGUCUUACGAACAAUGACAGCAUUGCUAUACUCAACGAACGCCUGAAGCAGACGCCAAAAGAGCUCCAUGAUCUAUUCAAUGACAUGUGGGCUCGAUCGGGACAAGACGCCGAUUUGUCGGACUAUAUUUCGACAGCAGCCACCUACUUCGGUCUUGUUGAUACGGUUCGCACUCACCCAUGGCCUUAUGCACGAUAUCCACGAGGCGUUAUAACCGUUGCAGAUAUGAUGCUGGCGACCGACCGCCGCUUUCUGCAAAGCGUUGUUGACGGGAACGAUAUAGAUCCUGCAACAAUUGUCGAGAAGUGCGACAAUGUCAUCAUGAAUCUAGGAACCAGAUGCGCAGGGCUCUUGGAGUGUCAUGAAGUUGAUCUCGAAUGUGUUCCCCGGAGAGAAUGCAAAUUUGCCAGCCAGAUUCGCUAUCACAAACUUGAGAUCCGGUUUAUCCACCGAUCAGCAUUGGAAUAUCUGCUCACGACUCAAGAGGGCAGUAAGAUUCUUGCAUAUGACACGUCGACUUGCCAAGAGCGACAGGCACUUUUUUGUCAUGUCGAUGUGGCUCGAGCAAAGUUGUGGGGGUUCGUGGCUGAACAUGAUCGGAACCGCUCAUGUCUAAAUAUCACGGAAUUCCUGAACAUGGUGUCAGGCUACGGGACCUAUCACCGGACGUAUUCUUUUUCAAAUGAUCUCGGUCGCUCAUUGACCUCGCUCGCAGGAUUGGUCUAUAUGGACGCCAGAUCUCGAGAUGAAGAUUUCUUUCCAUUCUACCCAGAAUGCACAGUACCGGGCCGUUUUAGCCAGAGCUCCCCAGAUUUCAUCACGGUACUAUGCUGUAGUUUCUCGUUUGGGUUGAUGCCGACCUAUCUUCGAUUGCUUGACUCGAAACUCACACCUCAGUACCUUGGAUAUCUCGUCCUAUGUAUAUGCAAACUUUUCACUUCAGUGAACCAGACUGUACUAUGGCGGGAUAAUGGGUACCGUUUAGUAGAAGACUGGGUGUUUGACUUCGAAUCGAGUUUGCAAUUCCUCGUCAACAAUGGAGCAAGCCUCAACGUCAAAGGACUCUGUGGUCUUGAACUGACGUUGGAAAUGUUGGAAGGAUCGAUUGACUCGCAUUCUUACCUCGAUUCACCAGCGAAUGUACUGAUCCUCGAUCUAUACAAUUAUCUGGAACCCAGAUUACUUCCGUCUCGAAUUCGAAUGAUUUCCAUGUUUCUCAAAAAUGGAAUCGAUAUGCACCAGGAAAUGUUGCUCAGUAUCUGCUGGUACACCAACAGGAAAAUAUGUAACCUGCAGUCGGGAAUCCCUGCUCCAGGCGCGCACAGCAAGAGGCUCCUCGCAUUUACAACGACACCGGGAUAUCUCCUUUGGUUGGCUUUGAGUUUGCUUCCUAAAAUAAGGCGUUUUGCACCAUGUCUGAGUGUUGCGGAAGAUUUGGUUACGGAUUUCAUGAACCUUGAAGAUAUGCCGAGCAAUCCGAAAGCACCAGAACCCUUAGCCUUCAAGGGUGGCUCGACUUCUGAAGCAGAAACUUUGGUAUUCCAUAAGAUCAGUUCCGAUCAUCAGGAAGAAUCGCUACGGCUCCUACUUGUUGACUUCCUCAAAUCGCGUGUCCUUGGUGAGUUCAGGCCAGGUCAGGUUGAAAGGAAAAUAUGGGACGGCUUGUUUCCCAUUGCACCGCAAUGCGAGACAAUGACAUUGCAGCAGCUGAAAAUGGAUCUCGCAGCAAAGUACGAUUUUGUCCGGGGCUCCGACUACUUGAGUAAGAUUCCGAGGCUUGGGGAUGAGAACGAGAAGAUUCUCCGGGAGCAUUUGAAGAGGGAAGCUUACCCUCACUGUGUAGUGUAG